AUGCUGAUCAGUAGAGCACGCAUUGCCGCAAGGCGUGUCGCAUCCCCCUCCAUUUCACCAUCACUUCCCAUCCGCACAUCGCCGCUGUGUCUCAAUGCGUCCACAGCACGAACGUCGCAGCAGCAAAAGCUUUUCCGGUCGCUUAUAUCGUUACGAGGAUAUGCGAAUGGAGGCCGGCCACACCCUCCCGGUGGAACCCACCGCAUGAAUCUAGGUGGUGAGCCGGAAAAGGCUGCGCUGGAGCAAUACGGAGUGGACCUCACAGCACGGGCGCGAGAUGGCAAACUGGAUCCAGUAAUUGGGCGAGACGGGGAAAUACAGCGUACAAUACAGAUUCUGUCGCGACGAACGAAGAACAAUCCUGUCUUGAUCGGUUCCGCUGGAACUGGAAAGACAGCAAUUCUCGAAGGCCUAGCCCAGCGCAUUGUGAAGGGUGACGUGCCUGAAUCGAUCAAAGACAAGCGCGUCAUCUCACUCGACCUCGGCUCACUCAUUGCUGGUGCAAAAUUUCGGGGUGAUUUCGAAGAACGACUGAAGAGCGUCCUGAAAGAAGUCGAAGAAGCUAACAAGGGCGUCAUUCUGUUCGUUGACGAGCUGCACACACUUUUGGGUUUGGGCAAGGCAGAGGGCAGCAUCGACGCCAGCAACCUCUUGAAGCCCGCUCUCAGCCGCGGAGAGUUGCAGCUAUGCGGCGCAACAACACUCAAUGAAUACCGACAAAUUGAAAAGGACGCAGCACUUGCAAGACGAUUCCAGCCUAUCGUUGUUGGAGAGCCUACCGUUCAAGACACCAUCUCUAUAUUGCGCGGCAUCAAAGAGCGAUAUGAGGUCCACCACGGUGUACGCAUUACCGACAAUGCGCUAGUUGCUGCGGCUGCGUACAGUAAUCGAUACAUCACCGACCGUUUCCUACCCGACAAGGCCAUUGACCUGGUAGACGAGGCCGCGAGUGCCCUCCGGCUACAGCAGGAGAGUAAGCCAGACGCGAUCCAGGAGCUCGAUCGACAAAUCAUGACUAUUCAGAUUGAGCUAGAAUCACUCCGCAAGGAGACCGACAUCGCAAGCAAAGAGCGCCGGGAACGACUGGAGCAAUCCUUGAAGGAGAAGCAGGAUGAAGUCAAGGUCUUGACUGAGAAGUGGGAGAAGGAGCGCAAGGAGCUCGAUGAGAUCAAGAAUGCACAAGAAAAUCUCGAAAGGGCGAAAUUGGAGCUCGAACUGGCCCGCCGAGAAGGCAACUUUGCUAAAGCUGGUGAGCUUCAGUACAGUAGGAUCCCCGAACUGGAACAGAAGCUUCCCAAAGAUGAGGAGGUGACGGCUGGAGCGAGCCGACAGGGCUCCCUACUACACGACUCUGUAACUGCGGACGACAUCGCUUCUGUCGUCUCCCGCACAACCGGUAUUCCGCUAUCCAAACUCAAUGCGGGAGAAAGCGAGAAGCUCAUACACAUGGAAGACACCUUGCGCCAGUAUGUGAAGGGUCAAGAUGAUGCCCUGAUAUCUGUGGCGAAUGCUAUUCGUCUCCAAAGAGCUGGCCUUUCCGGCGAGAAUAGGCCCAUCGCUUCUUUUAUGAUGCUGGGACCAACAGGUGUGGGAAAGACCGAGGUAUGCAAGAGAUUAGCCGAAUAUCUCUUCAGCACGCCCCAAGCUGUCAUCCGGUUCGAUAUGAGCGAGUUCAGUGAGAAGCACACCGUUUCACGCCUCAUUGGUUCUCCCGCUGGCUACGUUGGGUACGAGGACGCCGGUCAACUCACAGAAGCCGUGCGACGAAAGCCUUAUGCGGUACUUUUGUUCGACGAAUGGGAGAAGGCACACAAAGACAUCUCGACGCUACUCCUGCAGGUCCUUGACGAAGGCUUCCUCACAGAUGCACAGGGCCACAAAGUUGAUUUCCGCAACACCAUCAUUGUCAUGACAUCCAACCUAGGAGCUGAUAUCAUUGUUGGCGAUCAGAGCCUGCAUGCUGUUGAAAAAGACUCCAGCGAGAUCUCGCCGGAAAUCCGGAACGCUGUCAUGGACGUGGUCUCCGCAACAUACCCACCCGAAUUCCUCAACCGCCUUGAUGAGUUCAUCAUCUUCCGUCGUCUGUCCCGCGAAGCGCUUAGAGACAUUGUGGAUAUCCGUUUGAAGGAACUUCAACAGCGACUGGACGAUCGUAGGAUUGUCUUGGAGUGUCCCGAUGAGGCCAAACAGUGGCUUUGCGACAGGGGAUAUGAUCCGAAGUUUGGCGCCCGACCGCUGAACAGGCUCAUUGCGAGGGAGAUUGGUAACGGCCUGGCGGACAAGAUCAUAAGAGGCGAGAUACGCACUGGUGAUACAGCCAAGGUUUCUAUAAAGGAAGAUGGCACAGGCCUGACUGUAGCUGCUUCUGCUUGA